GGAUAGUGUGUAAAGAUGGCUGCAUCCACGGCCAGUACGCUAAAGUGUCAAUAACGUGGCUUUUCCACGCGUCACGCUUGACUUGUGAUUGCUGCAGCGACAAAAUAUCCAACUGAGGUGCGACCGAAAAGAGAGGACAUGUUUGCUGCGGGGGGGUUGCUGCGAGCUGGAGCCUCCUUCUGCCGGUCGGCGGCGGCUCUGCUGGACACAGCGAGGAUGUUCUCCGCUGGUACGUGCCGCCACAUCAGGAUGCAUGCCAUCCCCAAGCCAAAAGUGGUGGACAGGUGGAAUGAGAAAAGGAGCAUGUUUGGGGUAUACGACAACAUCGGAAUCUUGGGAGAUUUCAAAGCUCACCCCAAAGACCUGAUUUUGGCCCCCUGCUGGCUGAAGGCUUUCAAGGGCAACGAGCUGCAGCGUCUCAUCAGGAAGAAGAGGAUGGUGGGAGACCGAAUGAUGACUCUGGAAAAGCACAACUUGGAAAAGAGGAUCCGCUUCCUCUACAGACGCUUCAACCGCACGGGCAAACGUCGCUGACACCUCACGAGUUGUGUUGUUAGUUUUCUUUGUAAAUCGUAUGCAUAUGAAUAAACGGUUGUGUGAAAGUGA